UUCUCACAAGUCUGGGUCUUAUGCAUGGUAACUUCGCCUGCAGCGUGGCAGCCACAGUCAGUGACCGGUUAUCGAUAAGCCAUAACAACCCAACGGCCUCUGCUCUGCAGUCUGCAGAGUGCAGACAUCGCCAAUUCCCCCCCCACUCCCCACUGGACCACGUGGGACAUCCGGCCAAAAAUGGACGCUUUUCUCGUGAGGCUCACCCAGCAGGCAAUGAACUAUGCCAUCCGCUCGGGAAUCGCCAUCACUGCUAAAUACGCCAUCAGCCAGUCGUCGCGCUUGCUCAAAAAUGUGGACGACUGCGAGGAGAAAGAUGAGUUGAUUACCCUCCAGCAGCGCCUGGAGAGCAAGAUCCAGGUCAUCUCUCCGGCGAUUGACAUGAUCGAACUCAUUGCCGCAAGAGGCAAUACAUCGCUGGAGUCGGCCGUGUUUCUCACCAAGUCGCUCCGCUGGGAAAUCCAAUCGCUCGGGCAGCGACUCGCGAGGGCUGCGGCCUCCGAGGAGCUGUACCUGAAAGGCGCAAAUCCCAAGAGAGACCGCGCCCAACACAAGGCCGAGAUCAAGAUCAUCAUCCGGGAGAUCAAGAAGCUUCUCGUCCGCAUCGAAGAUGCAGUGCCCCUGAUGAACCUGGCAAUCACGACUUCCGGUGCCAAAUUAUCAACGAACCUCCCGUCAACCGUAUCCCCGUCGCGACUGUUGCAGGCGAGCACCUUCCUGACCGCAGGAGACACCCAGUACUCCAUGCUGCCGCCGUCACAGGCGGUUCAGAUCGGCCCUACCUUCACCUUGUCGAUGUACAUGCUUUUCGCCAGCCAUCUUCGCCCACACGACGAGGAAGGGAUCCGGGAAGCCACCUGGAAAGAGGUCGUGCACAAGGCCCGCUUGAAGCUCCGACGCGUUCCCAUGGACACAAAUUCACAAACCCAGAUACCUGACCCGCAACUCCCCGCCGAGGCCAGGGUAGACGAGUUCGCCUACCAAGUUCUAAUCAUCGAAGACCUGGACGACGGACGAGUCCAUUCCUUCGACGAGAGAGAACCCCAACCCCACAGCUACGAAGGAAUCAGCACCGCCGGCGUCCGCGAAAUCCUGCCCAUCCACGAGAUCUCGAAGAUAUUCUACGCAGACACGGGCAAAAUCCUGAACAUCAACACGGAGGGAGAAACCAACAACCCCGUCCUUCUCCUAAAGCGAGACAUCAACGCCAUCCCACCCCGACGCAUGGUCGAACGCGAAACCCAAUUCGGCUACGCCCCCUCCGAACCCCACGACUACGAGUCGGACGGCUCAGUCGACGAGAUGCAAGCCCAGCUGGACGCCCAACUCAACGACGCAUCCAGCACCCACCCAUCCGCCAGCUUCCACAAGGACUCCAUCCCCGACGAAUGGCGCCUCCCCAAAGACCUCGACCCAGAGUGGAUCGCCUUCGAAGUUUACAACGAAGAGGACGAGUCCGACUCCGAAUCCGAAGCAGAAAACCCCGACCCUGAAAGUAUGACCAAGCUGUCCCUCGAUUCCUCAUCAUCGUCGCCCACCCCCACCCCGUCCAAACACCAACAUCGACGCACAGCACCAUCCCACCUCACACCCGCCCCAGCAACACCUCCAACAACCGCCACAGCAACAGCAACAGUCUCCAACCCCCACUUCAACAACAUCCGCACGUCGCUCUCCCUCCUCGAGACCCUCCUCCGCCUGACCUCCCUCCAACAAUUCCAGCAACAAUCCCACCUCUCCAUCAGCGACGAGCUGCUCAACUUCUUCCUCGAGGAAUCCUCCACCACCGGCGCCGGCGGCGACGAGCACCACCGCCAGCGUCUCCGCGCCGACGCAAGACGUCGCGUCGGCUGGGAUCCCUACGACGAGAGCCCCAUGAAGCGCAGAGGAGAGGACUAUCAGUAUGUUGGCGCGCCGGAAGGCACACCCCUACGGUUUUCGAGGGAGACGAGCGAGUUGCCCUAUUCGCCGGGGGAGAAGUGGUCGAGGGGGUUGAGGAUUAGGUCCAGGGAGAAUACACCCGAGACGCCCGGGAGGGAAGGGGGGUCUCCUGCUGCUGCUGCUGCUGCUGGUGUUGGGCAGAUGGAGUCGAAAAGGAGGGGGCUGGGGUCGGCUCUGGUGGAUGAGAGGGAUAGAGAUAGAGAUAGAUAUCGGAGGGCGUCGCCGCUUUCGAGGAAGUCGACGCCGGGAAAACCGAAAGCUGAAACCUGGAAGUUGAUGCGAUGA